AUGCGCAAGUGUCAGCAUCUAUCACUAUGCCCACAGCAAAGGGAGACGAGUAGAUCGAGCCGAGAAAAUAAUGAAGAGUCUCACUCACGGCAAGUGAUUGCGACCGCAGCAGUGAGCACUGUACCUCAGCCACACGGUGGCGGCUUGGAGCCUUGGACGCAUACUCCACAGCGACAAGCCUCCAAGGUCAGCGCAGUGCCGACAUCACACGAGCCUGCUUCUUCUACCACCAUCAUCCUCUUGUCACGUCUCACGCGCCGACCACAAUCCAGCGGGGACGAAAACGACCGGAAGAUCAACGACAUCGACGACAACCGCAACGACCCCAACGACGACAGUUGUCUCAACUCGAUCCUAACCCGCACCACCCUCCAGCGAAACCUCACCAUCCUCCCUCCAAACAACCCACCCGACCAGACCAGACCAGACCAGCCCACCCCGCCCCACCCCACCCAAAUGCUCGCUCCCGCUCCCCAGCGCCACGCCCCCGCACCCGCGCCGCCGCCGCCGCCGCCGCCGCCGCCGCCGCCGAAUCCAACCACCACCGCACCACCCACCAGGCCGUCGCCGUCGCCGCCACCACCCUUCUCCCCACCACCGCCCUACGCGCCCGCCAUGCCCACCUUCACCUCCACAUCCACCGCCCAAGCCCACCCCCUCCCCCUCGCCGCCGCAGCAGUAGUCCAGCUCUGCCGGUACGGCCCCGCGCCGCUCGUCAUGCAGACGCGACGCGCGUACGUGCCCGAAGGGCUGGACCGGUUCUUGGUCCACGGCGGGCGGAUGCGGUUCGUUGCGCGGCGGUGGAGCGGGGUUGAGGAGGUGGAUGAGGAUGAGGAGGAUGAGGAGGGUGAGGGGGAGGAAGGUGAGGAGGGUGAGAGCGAUGAUGGGGGUGGGACGGUGUGGUUUGAUGCGGUGGAGGAGCUUGAUGGCGGGGGGGAUGGAGCGGGGACGGGGACGGAGACGGGGAUGCUGGAUGAUGAGGAUGGGGGGGCACGCCGGUGGCGCUGCUGGUGCGGUACUAGUGUGCACGGCGGAGGUGGCGAUGAGGAGGUGCGGCGCUCAGGGCUGUCGGUUGGGGAGGAGCUCGCGGGCGGCGAGGGCUGUGUGCGUCGCGCGGUUGUGUGGCGCCUGGAGACGGAGGCGGGUGGGGGCGAGGAGGAUGGCGAUCAGGAGGCUGAGGAGGAGGCUGAGAGCGAUAUGGAGUCUGAUGUCGCUGAAUGGGGAAGCUGCGAUGGCUCCGAUGACUCCUCGAAGAGGAUGUUCGGGAAUCGUUAA